AUGAUUUGUGCCCAACUGAGUGCCAUCAACGGCCUCGACGUCGCUUUUCCAAACAGUACAUUAUACGCUGCAACGGAAAGUGCCUACUGGUCAAUACAAGAGGCUUCGCUUGCUCCUCUUUGCAUUGCAAAGCCAAGGUCAUCCAACGACGUUGCCAGCAUCAUCAAAACCAUCGCCAACCAGGAUUGUCCGUUUGCCAUCAAAUCGCAAGGCCAUGCUCCCGCAGCCGGCUUCGCGAACAUUGACGAGGGCAUCACUAUCGACUUGAUGGGUCUCGAUGCUGUUACGACAAAUGAAGAUGCUUCUAUCGCUCAUGUUGGAAGUGGCGCAAGCUGGCUGGACGUCUAUGCGCAUCUGGAUCCUGUCAAUAAGACAGUGGCAGGAGGCAGGAACGGCGGGGUAGGCGUUGGGGGUUUAACGCUCGGAGGGGGAAUCAGUUACUUCUCGCCUCAAGUAGGCUUUACCUGCGAUUCGGUAACCAACUUCGAAAUCGUUCUUGCAAACGGCGAGCUUGUCGAAACCAACGCUUCAUCGCAAUCGGACUUGUUCCGCGCAUUGAAAGGCGGAUUGAACAAUUUUGGAGUGGUGACCAGAAUUGAUUUUCACACCCUACCUAUCGAUGAAAUUCUGGGUGGACGUGUGGUGAACGAUAUUUCGCAUCGCAAUGAGGUUUUUGAUGCAUUCAGAAACAUUGCAGACGCGUAUCCGUACGAUGUACACGCUUCCAUCACCACGUCCGCAAUAUUCAACGCGGCGACCAAAGCAUGGACACUCCUCUCGGCACCCAUCUACACGAAACCGCAGACGAACCCCAAGGUGUACGCUGAAUUGUUCGCUGUUCCCAGCAUAUCUAACACUGUAAAAAUCACACAGCUACAUACCCUAGCGAACGAAAGUGCGAUCGCGCAGACAAACCAGAUCUUCUCUACUGGGACGUAUGGAGUUUCCACUCAGCUUCUUGACCGUAUCUUCGACAUCUGCAACGAUACCUUGCACGACUUCAACGUCCCUGGCUCCCUCCAAUGGAUUACGACAUUUGAACCGCUGCCUACGGUUUUCGUCUCGCGAGGAGCACAUAACAACGUGCUUGGAACCUCUCCUGAUCACGGCAAUGUGAUGAUCCUGCUGUUUUCAGCUUCGUGGUCCGACCUUGACUCAAGUUCCUCGGUACAUGCCAAGCUCGAAGAGGUAUUGCGCAAGAUCAAUACGGUCGCAAAGGAGAUGGGGCAAUUGCGGGAAUUUGUUUAUGCGAAUUAUGCGGGCAUUUAUCAGAAGCCAAUCUCAAGCUAUGGUGUGCAGAAUGAUGCUUAUCUGCGCCAUGUAGCAAAGAAGUACGACCCGCAUGGGGUUUUUCAAAGUCAGGUGCCUGGGGGUUUUAAAUUAUUCGACUGA